AUGACAGACCUCAUAUCAGAUGUUUGUCUUUCAAAAUCAACAAGUUCCUUCGCUGCAAGGAUAUUACGUAUGUGGACUCUGCCUUCCUUUGACAAUCCAUCAGACAUAGGUACUAUUGACAUAGUAUUGAUGGAUCAUCAGAGUUCGAAAAUACAAGCAUCAAUAAAAGGCUCGGCUGUCAUUGAGAUCUUUAAUGGUAAACUCAUGGAAGGUGAGGUAUACCAGUUUAGUGGUUUAGCUGUUUCGGAUAUAAUCGGAUUGUUAUCUGGUCAACCUCGGCUCACUCAUUAUGGAAAGGGAAAGACGAAGAUUCUCAAUAUAGAUCUGUUAAUUGAUGGACAUAAAAUGGAGUGCGCAUUGUUUGAUAAUGUGUUCUUUAUGGUGAUUUUAUACAAAGGUAAAAAUGUACUACAAAACUCAAUGUAUGGAACAAAGAUAUUUUUCAACCCUGAUAUUCCUGAGGUCCUUGCUAUCAAACAAAGUAUAAUGGUCAAUCAAAGUCUCACACCAUUCAAUAAUCAACUCAAUGAUCCAAGCCAAUUGAAACCAGAAGAUGACUUCUUACGCCUGACGCCGAGGAUGGAUAUUGAGCAAAUGAAGGAGUGCAGAACGGAAAUGUAUGUUGUGUUCCAAGCAACAGUGAAGCAUAUAAUUGACCCAGAUGAUUGGUGGUAUGCCGCUUGUGUUUGCCAUAAAUCUGUUCAUCAACGUAAUAAGUUGAACUUCUGUGAUUCUUGCAAUCAAGAUCUCUUCACUGUAUACCCAAGGUAUCGGAUUAAGCUUCGUGCAAUCGAUGACAAAGAUUCUGCUACGUUAGUCAUUUUUUAUCGUGAGGCUUCUAUAAUGCUAAAUAAGUCGUGUGCAGACUUGAUUCAAAUUCUUGACAAGAAUGGUUCACUACACACUCCGCCAAAUGAAAUACUUCAACUUGCUGAAAAGACAUUCCUGUUCAAAGUUGAAAUAAAGCAAAAUAGAAUGUCAAAUUAUGAAGCAUGCUACCCAGUUAAGAGACUCACAGAUGAUGUUGGACUAAUCCAAAAGUUCAUUGAAAUGACUCCUAAUCAGUUGAUAUUUAAAGGUAAAGCCAUUGCAUCGCUUUCUGAAACUGAUAGUUCUUAUGAGAAUACUUAUAUGUUGAUCAAUACCCCGAAGGACUUGCUCUCUGAUUUCACUGCUGCCAAUGAUGACAACAAUGUUAAACAGACAGUGGAUCAAGUUAUUACAUAUAAGAGGAAAGUUGAAAAUGAAGCUAACUUUGUGGCUGAUGGAUCUUCCGUUAAUCGUUUGAAGAAAGUUAUCAAAGUGGAGAAGAACUAA